CAGGCUCACCCAACACAACCCUUCAGGUGCACGGGCUGUGCCUUAGCUUGGGCUACUUCAUUUUUGACCUGUGCUGGUGCGUGUACUUCCAGACAGAGGGUGCCCUGAUGCUGGCCCACCACCUGGUCAGCAUCGUGGGCAUCGCCGCCUCCUUGGCGCUGGGCGAGUCGGCCGGCGACGUCAACGCCGUCAUCUUCGGCAGCGAGAUCACCAACCCGCUGCUGCAGGCCCGCUGGUUCCUCAAGGAGCUGGGCCACUACCACAGCUUGGCGGGCGACCUGGUGGAUUUGCUCUUCGUGGUGCUCUUCACGGGCGUGCGCAUCGGCGUGGGGGCCUGGCUGAUGUACUGCGAGCUGGCCUCGCCCCGGCCCCGCUGGUACAUCAAGCUGGGCGGGGUGGUCAUGUACGUGGUGUCCUGGGUGUUCAUGGUCAGCAUCUGCCGCUUCGCCAGGAGGAAGAGCAUCAGCAAGUACCAGGCCUGGAGGAGCCGCAGGAGCCGCGAGCUGGGCUGGAAAACCAACGGGCACCUCAAAGGGCACUGAUGGAGGAUGAGCAGAAUUCCUCGAGUUCACGGGCUGGCAAGGAGGGGAUCGUGCCUGGAAUGCUGCUGGAGGGAGAGGAGCCAACGCACGUUAGCAGAUCUGGAGCCAAAUUUAUCCCUGGCCUAACUCCACUGAAAGCCAUGGAGCUAUGCCAUGGAUUCACUGGGCAGAGCUGGCACGGUGUGCACAGCCUGAACGAGGAGGAGAAGAAGAAUUUAUAGACUAACCAUGGCUAGUGCAGCAGUGCAGGUGUAAAUGGUGAUGUGGAGGGAAAGAAGGGCUAAUUUAUAGAUUAAACAUGGCUAGCGCAGCAGUGCAGGUGUAAAUGGUGAUGAGGAGGGAAAGAAGGGCUAAUUUAAUAGACUAACCAUGGCUAGUCCAGCAGUGCAGGUGUAAACAGUGAUGUGUGUAGCCAGCUCCUUCAAAUCUUGGAAGAGAGGAGGAGGUAACACUAGGUCUCCGUGUCCUGUGCAGUCUAGGCAGCUAGAGUUCUAGAGUUCUCACCAGAGUUUCAUGCUGGUGCAAGAAGUGUUCUAGUGUUGCAUCCAAGCUGGGAUUCCUGGCUCUUCCACCACCUUGUUGGUGUGCACAGCCUGAACGAGGAGGGAAAGAGGUGCUAAUUUAGAGACUAACCAUGGCAAGUACAGCAGUGCAGGUGUAAACAGUGAUGUGUGUAGCCAGUUCCUUCAGGAUCUUGGAAGAGAGAAGGAGGUAAUGCUGGAUUCUCUGUGUCCUGUGCAGUCUAGGCAGCUAGAGUGGUUCUUCAUGCUGGUAGAAGUGUUCUAGUGUUGCAUCCAAGCUGGGAUUCCUGGCUCUUCCACCACCUCGUUGGUGUGCACAGCCUGAACGAGGAGGGAAAGAAGGGCUAAUUUUAUAGACUAACCAUGGCUAGUCCAGCAGUGCAGGUGUAAAUAGUGAUGAGUGUAGCCAGCUCCUUCAGGAUCUUGGAAGCUCAGAUGAGGUAACACCAGGUCUCCGUGUCCUGGUCAGUCUAGGCAGCUGGAGUGGCUCUCCAUGCUGGUGGAAGAAGUGUUCCAGUGUUGAUUCCAAGCUGGGAUUCCUGGCUCUUCCACCACCUCGUUGUGUGACCUUGGGCAAGUCUCACAGCUGGAACUCUGUGCCUCAUUCCCCCUCUGUGACUUGGGGGAGAUGGAGCUGCUCCAUCUGUUAUGCACUUUCAGAUUUUUACUCGAGAGGUGCUAUAUGAGAAAAGUGAUGGUUGAUAUCUGCACUUGGUGCAUCAUUCCUGUGUUUCCCUUGGGAGAAACGACUUUGGUGGUUGAGCUAGAGUGAGACUCUAGAAAAAUCAGUAUUUUAGGUAGGUUGUUGUGUCCUACCCUUUCUAACUCCUUUUAAUAACUUAUUCAUUAACUUAUUGAUAACUUAUUUUCUGUAGUGUCCAGAACCUAGCUCUAAUCAGCACUGCCUAAUUACAGGACUAGGUGCUCUGUGAAUACACCCAAAGACACAGACCCAGAAGGGAAGUUUUUUCCUGAUUUUUCCCUCUUCUUCCCUGACUGUUAAAAUUCCCCUGCAAACACUGCUUUUAGCUCCUUGGGUAACCAGCACACUCCACUUUGAGAAGCCCCAUCAGGAUUUGCCAGGGGUUUUCUUGCUGAUGAGCCAAGCCCUGAUUUUGUCUCCAGAACACCAAAAUUCUCUCUUCUGUGCCCUAAAUCCAAAUUGGGAUUUCUGGUUGCCCAGAAUCUGCCCUGUGGAAGCCACAGACUGACCUUGGCUCUCCUUCAUCUGAACUGAUGCCUUGACCCCUGGGCUUUGAUUUCCCUCUGACUGGGUCUAAGUCACUUUUAUAUAAAAGUGAACAUUUAAAGGGUCAGAGAGAUUUAUUUUACAGCUCAGUAAAGAAAUGAGAGGCCCAGAAUCUGAUCUUCUUAAAGCAAAAAAUAAACCUGACUGGGAGAAAAAUAAGCAAUACUUAUCCAGUCCCAUUUGUAGGGAAAAGCCAUGCCCAGCUGGCAGCUCCUGGAGUUGAUUUCAUUGCAUGUCCUUGGGCUGUUCCUUUGUUUUUGCUGCGAUUUUGAGCAUUUCCUUUGAGCCUCCAGUGCAGCUCAGGUGCCCCCUUUUGCUUGAGCCUUGCUUGCUGCAGCCAAAGACCUGAAGAAGCCCCAAAAAACCCCUUCAGAUGAGCAGAGCCAACUGAUGAGCUGGUCCUGGAGAGGAAACCUGACCCAUCCAGCACUCUCAAGCCUUGAAAGGAGACCAGAAGGGCUGGUUGGGGCUUGCUGGUUCUAUUUCCCAGCUCUGCUGCUCUCUUGAGCACAUCCAGGAGCCUUUUUGCCUCAACUUGACCCACUUUGGGAAGUGGGUGCAGUCUUACCUACCUCAUGGGGUGUUUCCAUUCAGCACCAAGCCACCUUUGAUGGAUUCUGGGUGGUUUGUGUAUAAAAGUUGCUUUGAGUUUUGUCACCUGAGCUGGGCACUUCCCAGCAUCCCAAAAGCAGGACUGAGGUGUUUGGCAAAGGAGUCACACAGGGAGUGAGCUGGACGUGCUCAUAAAGGUCAGAAAAAGGUUAUUUUAGUCUGCUGCAUCCUCACAGGGAGCCCCAAGCUGAGGAAAAGGGGUUUGCUGGCUUUUCCCUGGUCAGGAUUGCAGGAAUCUGGAGCCAAAAGUGUCUCAGCCAUUGGCCUGAGCAGGGAAUGAGGGUUUGCAGCAGCAGCUCCUGCAGAAAUGCAGGGGAAAACGAACAGGUCCUGGGGGUGAAAACAAACAGGUCCUGGAGGUGAAAACAAACAGGUCCUUGCUGCUGAGGUGCCCACCAUGAAGAGUUUCCACAGCCCUGGUGGUUUGGGCUCUGAGCUUUGCUGAGGGUUGGGGUGCAGCUUUUUGGGGUUACCUGCCCAGGUGAGUGAGGAUGGCAGUGAAUGUGUGAAUCACCUGUUUGAAGAGAGUUUGAAAUACAAUGGUUUGAGUUUGGGAAAGCAGAAGAGGUUUCCCCCCUUUUCUGAAUUUGUUGGAAGAAGGAGAGCACUGCUCAGCUCUGAGGCUUUAGGAAGUAAGCAAGGAAACAAAGGGGCAAUUAGAAAUGGCUUUAUGAGGCACAGCAAGGCCUCACAGCCCAUUUAGUGGGCUCCAGCAUAGAUUUACAGGCCCAAAAGUACAAAUUCCAAGCUGUGGAGCACAGGGUGGGACCUGUCCUCAGGCUAGUCCAUAGUGGCUAGAGCAAACUGUGAGAGGAAACUGCAGAACUAGUGUGAAAUAAUAACUUGUGUCUGAAUUACUGUGUAAUAGCAACUAAUGUUCCACCAGUGAAUGGUGUAGAUGCUUUGUAUGAUGUUUUAUAAAAAUAAAAAUUAUUUAAUUACAUGAG